UAAAAGCGUGGAGAGUUGUUAGUGCGCCACCGUCACGUUCGAAUCCCUUUACAACGUUUCUUGCUGAACGGUUGUCGUAAUAAUUCGCCGGUAAACCGUCACGAAAAUAUUAUUGCAUACAAUGCAAAGGAUUUAUGGGUUUUUUAGUGAACAUUAAUCUCUAAGAAAGAUGUACAGUUAAGAGGCCGAAUACAUUAGCAACCAUGAUAACGAUAAUUGAUUUAUUAGAAAAUCCAAAGAGUUUAACAAAAAUAUUAAAACAAAAAUAUUGACAAUUCUUUAAAAUUUUACACACAAGUGAACGUAAAUUAUUAUUUUAAGAAAAACAUAUAUAACAUCUUCUAUGGAGUUCCACCGAUGGCAAACGACCUGGUGGUGCAUACUUUCAUUGACGGCAAUCAUUGUUUCGGCUACAGUAGGAAUAGCCAGCAAAGGAAUGUUGAAAAUGCUAAAAUUAGAUGUACCUUCCUGGGUUGAUUAUAAAGAUUCAGCAACUCUCAAUUGUCAUUAUGAUACAGGUGGAGAUAGACUGUAUUCAGUGAAAUGGUACAAAGAUGACAAUGAAUUUUUUCGAUACACACCCGAGUUAAGUCCGAACACUAUGGUUUAUGACUUAGAUGGAGUACACGUAGACAAAGAAAAAUCAUCUGCCAAUUCCAUUAUAUUAUUUCCUUUGACAAGAAAUAGCAAUGGAAUUUAUAAAUGCGAAGUUUCAACAGAUGCUCCGAACUUUCCAACAGUAUUUGAAGAAUCAAAUUUAACAGUUAUUGCGUUACCCAUAAAUGGUCCACGAAUAGUGGGUAUUCGAGAAUGGUACAACAUUGGUGAAUAUUUAGAGGGUAAUUGCACUGCUAAAAUGACAUACCCUAAAGCGGUUGUAAAUUGGUUUAUCAAUGGUUUAGAGGUGGACAACUAUUUGUUAGAACACUAUCAACCUGAAGAAUCAGAUGGUCCAUUUUAUAACAUUACUGUUGGUCUGCGUUAUCCGUUAAAGAAAGAAUGGGUAGACAUGAAUAAAAAGACCAUUGAUGUUAAAUGCACUGCCAAAAUUGCUGGAGCUGACAUUAUGGUUGAUGAGACAAAAAUUGGGUUACGUCUAGCAACUGAUCAUACUCUGUCGCAAGAGAGACAUAUUUACAAUUCUGGUACUAUGAAUACUAGUUACUGGAUAAUUUUACUGGCAGUUUUAAUUUCAUGUUGCCUCAAGUCUUACUAUUAAUUAUAAUUAAUUCUUACAAUGUGAUUAUAAUUAAAAUAAUUUAUUAUCACGAAGAAAAGAAAAAUUACAAAUACAUAAUUGAUGAUGUAUCAAGAGUUUUAAACAUUUUAAUUUCUCUCCACGCUUUUUAAGUCAACAAUAUGCAUAAUAAAAGUGUUAUGAACUUUUGUUUUUAAAAGGCUUCUUCAAUAUGAAGCAGCAGUUUUAACAAAUAUGGCGGGUAGGUACGCGUGCAGUAUCAAUUAGAGAGUUUUACUGUUUAAAAACCUCUAAAGUUUUUAAUGGAAAAUAAAAUUAUUUUAUAUAAAAGAGUCACUACUUUAAAAAGCUUUUAAGGAAUAUUAUCAGAUGAAAAAUGUUGUUAAAAAUAUAAAUACAUGUAUACUUACAUUAUACUAAUCAUAUAAAUUAAUUUAUUAAUAAUCACACUCUAAUGAUGUUCAAAAUAGCGCACUAUUCUUUAAAUUCAUUGAGUUCGUUGAAUUCAUCCCACAUGAAUUUAUUAUGUCAUUUAAGUUUGUAUAACUUAUAUCAGAGAUGUGUAAUGUUACCAUAACUCAACACUUGUUCAUAGUCCUAGAAAUAAUGAAUAUUAAAUUAUACAUAUUUAAAUAUUUUUUGUUAAAUUGUGAGUAUAAGUGUUAUUCAAAACUAAAUAAAUAUAUUAUAGUAUCAAAUGUAAAUAUACUAAAUUAUUGUUAAAAAUAUAAUUUUUUUAAUAUUCCUAAAUAAUUGUAAAAUAAUGUCAACAAAAUUAUCGAUUUAU